CUCUCUCGUUUGGUCACAACUCAUAGAAACGACAACGUUUCAUUCCUAUAUAUCUUCCUUGCUUCUCCUCCUCUUAUCUCUACUCAACACCACUCAGUUCAUCUCUCUUUUUCUCUUCCAUUGUUUUACUACAAAAACCAACAAACCCUUAAUCUUGUUUUCAUCUUUAUCUCAAUCCACAUGCAUACACAUAUACACAUAUAGUCUCUUUUACAUAUGGCAAUGGUAUCCUCCACAACAAGCACUAUCACCAUGAGUAACCAAGUCAACAACGACAGUGAAAAAUGUAUAGAAGAAGAUGGUUAUAGACACGAGAAUCAUGCCCAAAAUGAUGAUGAAGCUGAUGAUCAUGAUCAUGAAAAAAUCAUGCCUGGAUUCCGGUUCCACCCCACCGAAGAAGAACUCAUAGAGUUUUACCUUCGCCGUAAAGUGGAAGGCAAACGCUUCAAUGUAGAACUCAUCACAUUCCUCGAUCUUUAUCGCUAUGAUCCUUGGGAACUUCCGGUGAUGGCGGCAAUAGGAGAGAAAGAGUGGUACUUCUAUGUGCCAAGAGAUCGGAAGUAUAGAAAUGGAGAUAGACCAAACCGAGUUACGACUUCAGGAUAUUGGAAAGCCACCGGAGCUGAUCGGACGAUCAGAUCAGAGAGCGCUCGGCCUAUCGGGUUAAAGAAAACCCUAGUCUUUUACUCCGGUAAAGCCCCUAAAGGCACUCGUACCAGUUGGAUUAUGAAUGAGUAUCGUCUCCCUCACCAUGAAACCGAGAAAUAUCAAAAGGCUGAAAUAUCAUUGUGCCGAGUGUACAAAAGGCCAGGAGUAGAAGACCAUUCAUCCUUACCACGCUCUCUAUCCACAAGACAUCAUAACCAUACCUCAUCAUCAUCCCUCUUGGCCUUAAGACAACAACAACAACAACACCAUUCAUCCUCCUCCAAUCAUUUAGACAACAACAAUCUUGAGAAGCUCUCAACCGAAUAUUCCGGCGACGGUAGCACCAUAACCACCAUAAACAGAAAUUCUGACGUCAAUCAAACCAUUUAUAAUCCACUAACCACCACCAUACCUUUAGCCAAUCAAAACAUUUAUCAUCCACUGCCUUAUGGUGCAAGCAACACACCAAUGAUCUCUACAAGUAAUAAAGAAGAUGAUGAAACCGCAAUUGUUGAUGAUCUUCAAAGGCUCGUCAACUACCAAAUAUCUGAUGGAGGUAGUAACAUCAAUCACCAAUACUAUCAAGUCGCUCAACAGUUUCAUAAUCAACAACAACUAAACGCAAACGCGUUGCAAUUGGUUGCGGCGGCAACUACAGCGGCGCUGGCGCCUCAAACGCAGGCGGCGUUAGCGAUGAGCAUGGUCCCUGCAGGGACGACUCCAAACACUGCUUUGUGGGAUCUGUGGAAUCCACUACUACCAGAUGGAAACAGAGAUCACUAUACUAACGCUCUUUUCGAGGAAUUUAAUUAGAUCUUGAAUACUAUCAAUUGCAUAAUAAUUUUGCUUCGUAAUAUAUAUACUCAUGAUUUAUUUCAAACAAGGUAUUAUAGCUAGACUAUGAUUGAUUA